UUUCUUCAUACCUCUACUCAGCUGCAAAAGCCCAUCAAACCUCAGCCAAAAUGGAGGCCAUCAAAAAGAAGAUGCUUAUGCUGAAGCUGGACAAGGAGAAUGCACUGGACCAAGCUGAACAAGCUGAAGCAGACAAGAAAGCAGCCGAAGAGAGAAGCAAGCAGCAUGAAGACGAAAUUCUGCAAAUGCAGAAGAAGCUAAAGGGGACGGAGGAUGAGCUUGACAAAUACUCUGAGGCUCUGAAGGAUGCUCAGGAGAAGCUUGAGGUGGCCGACAAGAAGGCUGCCGAUGCUGAGGCAGAAGUGGCUUCCCUGAACAGACGUAUCCAGCUGGUGGAGGAGGAGUUGGACCGAGCUCAGGAGAGACUGGCAACGGCUCUGCAGAAGCUGGAGGAGGCUGAGAAGGCUGCUGAUGAGAGCGAGAGAGGUAUGAAGGUGAUUGAGAACAGGGCUCAGAAGGAUGAAGAGAAGAUGGAGCUUCAGGAGAUUCAGCUCAAGGAGGCUAAACACAUCGCAGAGGAGGCCGACCGCAAGUAUGAGGAGGUGGCUCGUAAGCUGGUGAUUGUAGAAGCAGAGCUGGAGCGUACAGAGGAGAGGGCAGAGCUGGCUGAGGCUAAAUGUGCUGAGCUGGAGGAGGAACUGAAGAACGUCACCAAUAACCUGAAGUCUAUGGAGGCCCAGGCUGAGAAGUACUCUCAAAAGGAGGACAAGUAUGAGGAAGAGCUCAAGAUCCUGACUGACAAGCUGAAAGAGGCUGAGACUCGAGCUGAGUUUGCUGAGAGGUCUGUGGCCAAGCUGGAGAAGACUAUUGAUGAUCUGGAAGAUGAGCUUUAUGCACAGAAACUCAAGUACAAAGCCAUCAGUGAGGAACUGGACCACGCGCUCAAUGACAUGACCUCUAUCUAAACGUGCAGAAGCUCCACCAUCCUGUCGGGUUUUGGUUUCAAGACUCUGCCUUUCACAUCUGAACCCCCCAGCCCCCCUCCCGCUCCCCUCCCCUCCCCGCACUCCCCGCCCUCCCCUCCCCUUUAUCACAUGUCAUCUAUGUUUCCUCAUUCCUCAACUGUAGAUGUGUGUGUGUGGAUGUUGUACUUUGUUUUUAGCACUUUCUUAAUGUGUCUGCUGAACUUGUUUCUUUUCAGUUGGUCUCUAGUCAUCUAGGAGCCAUUGUUCAUCAUGUGUGAUUUAGGGAUGUGGUUUGUCUGAUUUCAUUCUUCAUUGUACUUCUGUAUCAUCUCUGUUCUGUACCAGAGUAAAGCAAGAGAGGGAAGAAACCCUGAG